UCGGUUUUAGAAUGGGCAAAAGUUUUUCAAAAAAUUCAUCCGCAACAAUUUCUCCAAGUAAAUUAAUUCCGAGGAAUGAAUCUCAAAUUAAUGCAUACCAAGUUAGUCAUGAUAUUUGCCGUGAAUUAUGGGGUCAAAACUUUAUAGCUCCAAUCCAUAAUGAACUAAAAAAAGGCGAUUUUAAAGUACUUGAUGUCGGAUGUGGCUCUGGUUCUUGGAUAUGUGAAUUGGCUGCUGAUUUUAAUGCAUCUUGUUAUGGUGUCGAUAUCCAUCCUAUAUUUCCUACUCAAAAACCACGCAACGCACAAUUCCAAAUUGCAAAUAUUCUUAACGGAUUACCUUUUGAUGACGAUUUUUUCGAUUACAUUCACAUUCGUUUUAUGUACAUGUUUUUUACCCAAGAAGAAUGGGAAACUAAGAUUAUAGUCGAGUUGUUUCGAGUUCUGAAGCCUAAUGGCUACUUGGAGGUCGUAGAAAAUGAUAUGAUAUUAAAUAUGCCAACAAAUUUGAAACCCUUGUGCAAAACAGGCCACCCAUUACUAUCUCAAAAUCCUUCAUCUUACUUAAUAAGAUUCGAACGCUUUCUACAUGAUACAAACAAGUUAGAGAAUAUUUGUCACGAACAAAAACAAAUUAUCAUCGGUGAUUGGUCAAAUAACUCUUUGCAAA